AUGACGGAGGUGGUGACGCGCGGUCAGCGCGGCGUGCGCUCGGUGCGCGACCUGGUGAUCGCGCAGGACGGGCCGCCCCCGGGUGGGUACCCGGCGAUCCGCUACGGACGACGGAUCCCGUCCACGGGACCGACGGGGGCGGCGUUGUUGGCGGUGUACGCGGGGAUGUUUACGUAUGGGUUUUAUCAAAUCGGCGUCGGGAACGCCGAGCGUCGAGCGCUCAGGGAGGAGAAGACGGAGGCGCGGGCGACGAUCGUGCCGUAUUUGCAAGCGGAGGAGGAUAGACGGUACGCGCGGGCGCGACGGGCGAAGAUGGCGGCGGAGGCGGAGAUCAUGAAGGGGAUCGAUGGAUGGCGCGCGGACGCGCGAUUGACCGAGACGCGAUGGACGCCGCCGGGGGCGAGCACGCGACCGAGCUUGAGCAAGUCGUGA